CCUCUUCCCCCUUUCCUCUUUAUCCUACCCGUCCACUACAGACAAAUAGAAAGAAGCCCCUCAAAUACCGAACGAAACAAAAUGGGAAAGUUUUUUAGCAAACGCUCCCCCAUGCGCGCUCGGGAUGACCAGAUCACCAAUGCAAGUGACUUGACAUUGAAGCAAUCCUUAUUGCCUUUAAUUCUUGUUACAAUCUUGUUCUUCCUCUGGGUAAAUUGCCUGACCUUUGGCGCUAUUAUCCGAGUCGCUAAUGUUUGAUAGGGAUUUGCCUACGGGCUUCUAGAUGUUCUCAACAAGCACUUUCAGACUACUCUACACAUUUCGCGCUCCCGGUCAUCGGGACUCCAGGCUGCGUACUUCGGGUGAGCCGCUGGUUUUCUUUCUCAAAUGGAUAUAACGUGGCGACAAGGCUAAACACUGACCCCUCGCAACAGAGCAUACCCAAUCGCAUCUUUAACCUAUGCUGGUAUUGUUCUGAAAAAAUUUUCAUAUAAAGCAACAUUCAUGCUUGGCCUGACCUUGUAUGGAAUUGGUGCCUUAUUGUUCUGGCCAGCAGCGUUAAAGCGAUCUUUCGGAGUGAGUUUACUACCGAAUAUUCCGAGCCGUUCAUCUAACCGUUGGAACAGAGGCUAAUGGCUGGAAUGGUCGGUAGGGCUUUUGUGGUGCAACAUUCAUCAUUGGAUCCGGGCUUGGUACGCUCGAGACUGCCGCCAACCCAUAUCUAGCGGGUAAGAAAUAGACCCCCCGUCCCAUUCCCGCGGACCCUUCCGGAUAAGAAUAUACUGAGUAAAUAACUAUUCCCCUAGUAUGCGGUCCACCAAAAUACUCCGAGAUGCGUCUCAACUUAGCCCAAGCCGUGCAAGCAAUUGGAACAGUGGUUGGGCCGGUCCUUGCCUCACAUGUCUUCUUUAAAAACGUUCAGGAUGAUUCCCUGCAAUCUGUGCAAUGGGUGUAUCUUGGCAUCGCGAUCUUCGUCUUUGUCCUCGCUGGUGUAUUCUAUAUUGCAAACAUCCCCGAGGUUACGGACGCGGACAUGGAGCAGCAAAUGGAGCUCACUGGUGGAGUUUUCACAGCUGUAGAGGGUAAGCCAUUGAAGCGUCAAUACCACCUUUGGUGGGCGGGCGCGGCCCAAUUCUGCUACGUCGGGAGUCAAGGUAGCCCCCCGUCCCAUCUCAAGCUCUCUGGAGCGUUCCACUAACGAGCCAAUUGGAACAGUCGCAAUAGCUGGCUAUUUCGUGAACUAUGUCACAGAAACCCGCCCCGGCACGACUAGCUCCCAGGGAGCAAACCUCCUCGCUACCGCACAAGGCUGUUUUGCCGCAGGCCGUUUCCUCGGAACCUUCUUCAUGAAGUUCGCCAAGCCGCGUUGGGUCUUCUUCUGCUUCUUCACGGGCGUAAUCGUCUUCCAAGCCGUGGCGGUCGGCGCACGCAAGAACGCGGGUCUCGCCUCCCUCAACCUUGUUCUCUUCUUUGAGUCCAUCUGUUUCCCGACAAUAUUCACUCUCGGGAUUCGCGGAUUGGGCAAACACACGAAAACCGGUUCCACCGUUAUCGUCGGAGCCAUCAUAGGUGGAGCGGUCAUACCACCUUUGCUUGGGGCUACCGCUGACCACUUUGAUAACACCGGUCCUGCAAUGUUUGUCCCAUUGAUCUUUUUCGUGCUGGCAUACACUUUCCCGAUCGGGGUGAACUUUUACAAGCCGUUAGCAAAACUAAUGGAUGGGUUUCUGGAGAGUAAAGUUGGCCAAGGGGAUAAAGAGUUUAAUACCGAUGAAGCGGAGGCCGCCGAGAUGGAGGAUAUGGGGAAGAAGGAGGGAGUUUAGUAGGGGUUGUUGCUAUUGAGUUUUUUUUUCUUUUUCCCCUUCGCGGGAACAAGUGGUGAGCUUUUAAAAGUAGCCACCCAAAGCGUUUCGUAUGAUGCCGCCAUGACAAUUUUUUCAAUUAGAGUUACUUAGACAGUAAUCGAAAUUG